AUGGCGAGCCCCGUUGCCAUGCGGCCGCUAUGCGGUCGCAUAGUCACGUCCUCGUCGACAUCAAUGUCCGUGCGUCGGACAGGCGGCGCCGCGGCCGUUGCCUACUUCUCAACCACGUCGCCUCUGUGCAAGCGCAAGCGCAAGGUCAAGCCGCCCAACCGCGACAUGAACCCCAACCGGGGCGUCAGCAGCAUCUACCGCUCCGGAGUCCGCGAACACAUCUCCAUGUCGGGCAUGCCCCUGCCCCGCCCGCGCGACUUCAAGCCCCAGAUCAAGGUGGAUGAGGGCCACGGCCUCUGGGGCUUCUUCCCCAAGCCCGGCGAGCUGCUCUACACGCCCGAGGAGGCCGAGAAGCACGGCCGCGCAUGGAGCGUGGAGGAGCUGCGCAAGAAGUCGUGGGAGGACCUGCAUGCCCUCUGGUGGACUUGCUGUCGUGAACGCAACAUGAUCUCCACGUCUCUGGCCGAGCUGGAGAGGAGCGAGCUCGGCUUUGGAAAGAGGGAGUUUGAGGUUCGAGACGAUGAGGAUGCCAUCGACGUUGCUCGCAACGACCCCGAGAUCAACUUCGAGGGUGGUGAAGGAGAGACAUACAUCCCUUCGGCGUACGAGGACGAGAUCGAGGCUAUAGAGAGCUCAGAUGAGGCUGCUUCCCAGAAGGAGGUUUCCGAAGCAGGAAACGCCAAGCCUGAGAAGCAGAUC